CGAAUCGACUGGGGCGAAAUGUCAGGGACCGAAAGGACUGGAUACCCGUUAGGAUGAACAUUGUUUAGUCUUACCUGGCUGGCCAGACAGACAGAAUGACAUCAAUAUCCAGAGUUUCUUGGCUGGCAAAAAAGGCCCUUUUGGUGACUGGUAGGAGGACUUUCUCUCAAGUGGCAGGACUUAAUGAUGUGGUGAUUGUCAGUGCCACAAGGACUCCGAUUGGUUCAUUCCGCAGCUCUCUGACGUCUGUGGCCGCUACAAGAUUAGGUGCAAUCGCCAUUAAAGAUGCCGUACAGAAGGCUGGUAUUCUUCCAGAGGCAGUGCAAGAGGUUUAUAUGGGCAAUGUUAUCCAGGCUGCCUGUGGUCAAGCCCCAGCAAGGCAGGCUACUCUCGGAGCAGGACUUUCCAUAAACACACCUACAACAACUGUGAAUAAAGUGUGUGCAUCUGGUAUGAAGUCAAUCAUGAUGGCAGCACAGAGUUUGAUGUGCGGCCACCAGGAGGUGAUGGUAGCUGGUGGCAUGGAGAGCAUGUCCAAUGUCCCCUAUUAUAUGAAGCGUGGAGAGACGCCAUACGGCGGUGUCCAUCUUUUGGAUGGUAUUGUAUUUGAUGGUCUUACUGAUGUUUACAACAAAUGCCACAUGGGAAACUGUGCUGAGGAGACGGCCAGGAAGUUCCAGAUCAGUCGGGAAGCACAGGAUGAAUACGCUAUCAUGAGUUAUAAAAGGAGCCAAGAAUCUGCAGCCAAUGGUGUCUUUGAUAAGGAGAUCACUCCCGUUGGGGUCCCGCAGAGAAAAGGAGCCGAGAUUCAGGUGACCAGUGAUGAGGAAUAUAAAAAAGUGAACUUUGACAAGUUUAAGGCACUCAGGCCAGCGUUCCAGAAAGAGGGUGGUUCAGUGACGGCCGCUAAUGCGAGUACUCUGAAUGAUGGUGCUGCCGCCUGUGUCCUUAUGACAGCACAAGCAGCAGAGAAACUGAAAGUAAAGCCGUUAGCUCGCAUCGUUGGCUUUGCUGAUGCUGCUAUCGCCCCGAUAGACUUCCCAACUGCACCUGCUUUUGCCGUGCCAAAGGUACUCGAGGCAACUGGUAUCAAGAAAGAUGACAUAGCGUUAUGGGAACUGAAUGAAGCAUUCAGUGUGGUGGCACUUGCUAAUGUGAAGCUGCUCGACCUUGACAUCAAUAAAGUGAAUGUCCAUGGUGGAGCUGUCAGUAUCGGUCACCCUAUUGGAAUGUCUGGAGCCCGCAUCACGAAUCAUCUUGUUCACCAGUUACAGCCUGGUCAGUAUGGCAUGGCCUCAAUAUGCAACGGAGGAGGUGGUGCUGCCGCUAUUCUCAUACAAAAACUAUAAAGGAAUCAGCGUAGCCAGAUGAGGUAUGAUUCAAGACUCUUCAAGCCUUGACUGCACGUUGCCCCUGGAAUAGUGUGGUGGCCUUGUUGGCUGCAGGAAGACUUGGCUCUGUGUAAAAAUGACUUGCUUCUGAAAAUGAACCAUGUUUUUGAGAUGCACGAGGAUUCGGGUUUUUUAAACAAGUGUGUUGUCUGCAGCCAUAGUUUGACUGAAUAUGUGUUAUCAGACUCAUGAUUGUACAAAAUAAUAAUCAUUAUAUAAAAAGUUAAGUUUGCCUUAGUAUGUACAUGGCACUGCACCUGGUCAUUGAACUGUG